GCACCGCCCGCCGCGCGGGGCUGCGGGUCGAGCCGCGGCUGCGGGAGCCGGCGCGUCCCCCCGGCGGGGCGGAGGGGCCGGGGCGGGCUGCGGGGGAGCCGCCGGCAGCGGGGAUGUGGAUUUAUAUCGGCCCGCGCCGCAGCCGCCGGGGAGCGGGGCGCGGACACCGCACCCGCACCUAAAGGUGAUGGGCGAAGCCGUCGGCGGGGCUGAGCCGGGGCGCUGCUGAAAGUUCAGCCGGUGGCCGCGCUCGGACUGUUUCCUUAAGGCGUUCCAGUUGCUUGUUUUCAUGACUUUGAGCCUGUUUAAUCAGAGAUGGAGCAGAUGGACUGCAAACCCUACCAGCCACUGUCAAAAGUUAAACAUGAAGUGGAUCUAACUUACACGAGUUCUUCAGAUGAAAGUGAAGAUGGGGGAAAGCAAAGGCAAUCUUAUGACUCAAGAGAAACUCUGAAUGAAUACAGCCAAGAGCUAAGACUUAAUUAUAACAGUCAUAGCAGAAAAAGAAAAGCCAUUGACCAGUCCACACAAGACAUGGAAUUCUGUGAGACUCCCCACAUCCUCUGCUCUGGCUAUCAAACCGACCUACACGGUGUGGCUGAGCACAGUUACCCGCUGGAGGUGGGCUCGGACGUGGAGACCGAAACGGAAGGUGGGGCCUCCCCGGAUCAUGCCCUGAGGAUGUGGAUGAGGGGCAUCAAAUCGGAACACAGCUCCUGCUUGUCCAGCCGGGCAAACUCAGCCUUGUCCCUCACUGACACUGACCAUGAAAGGAAGUCUGAUGGGGAGAAUGAUAUGCCAGGUAGCCCCCAUAACCAGUUCACCUUCAGACCCCUCCCACCACCACCUCCACCACCUCACGCCUGCACCUGCGCCAGGAAACCUCCUCCCACGGCUGACUCUCUGCAGAGAAGAUCCAUGACCACCCGCAGCCAGCCCAGUCCUGCUGCCCCAACUCCCCCCACCAGCACACAAGAUUCGGUGCAUCUCCAUAACAGCUGGGUCCUGAACAGCAACAUCCCGCUGGAAACCAGGCAUUUCCUGUUUAAACACGGAUCUGGGUCUUCAGCCAUCUUCAGCGCAGCCAGUCAGAACUAUCCCUUAACAUCCAACACUGUUUACUCUCCACCUCCUAGGCCUCUUCCUAGAAGCACCUUUUCCAGGCCUGCCUUCACUUUUAACAAACCUUACAGGUGUUGCAACUGGAAGUGCACAGCUCUGAGCGCCACCGCGAUCACGGUGACCCUGGCGCUGUUGCUCGCCUACGUUAUCGCAGUACACUUGUUUGGUUUAACCUGGCAACUACAGCCUGUGGAAGGGCAGCUCUAUGAAAAUGGAGUUAGCAAAGGAAAUAAAGGAACAGAAUCCAUGGAUACUACUUACUCACCAAUUGGAGGAAAAGUUUCUGAUAAAACAGAAAAAAAAGUGUUUCAGAAGGGCCGGGCCAUAGAUACAGGAGAAGUAGAGAUUGGAGCACAAGUCAUGCAGACCAUCCCCCCUGGUUUAUUCUGGCGCUUCCAAAUUACUAUUCAUCACCCAGUGUACCUGAAAUUUAACAUCUCACUGGCGAAGGAUUCUCUGCUGGGAAUUUAUGGCAGAAGAAACAUCCCACCUACUCAUACACAGUUUGAUUUUGUAAAACUGAUGGAUGGAAAACAGUUAAUUAAACAGGAACCAAAAAACUCAGAGGAGCCUCCGCAAGCUCCCAGGAACCUGAUCUUAACUUCACUGCAAGAGACAGGUUUCAUCGAGUACAUGGAUCAAGGAGCUUGGCAUAUGGCAUUCUACAAUGAUGGAAAGAAAGUGGAGCAAGUGUUUGUGCUCACUACAGCAAUUGAAAUUCUGGAUGACUGCUCUACUAAUUGCAAUGGGAAUGGAGAAUGUAUCUCAGGGCACUGCCACUGUUUCCCGGGAUUCCUUGGUCCUGAUUGUGCAAAAGAUUCCUGUCCAGUGCUGUGCAGUGGAAAUGGAGAAUAUGAGAAAGGUCACUGUGUGUGUCGAAAUGGGUGGAAAGGACCAGAGUGCGAUGUUCCAGAAGAGCAGUGUAUUGAUCCAACCUGCUUUGGCCAUGGUACUUGUAUCAUGGGCGUCUGCAUCUGUGUCCCUGGAUACAAAGGAGAGAUUUGUGAGCAAGAGGACUGCUUGGAUCCGAUGUGCUCCGGCCAUGGUGUGUGUGUCCAAGGGGAAUGUCACUGCUCCACAGGCUGGGGUGGUGUGAACUGUGAGACCUCCCUUCCCGUGUGCCAGGAGCAGUGCUCGGGGCACGGCACUUUCCUCCUGGACGUGGGACUCUGCAGCUGUGAGCCACAGUGGACGGGCUCAGACUGCUCUACAGAGCUGUGUACCCUGGACUGUGGCAGUCACGGUGUGUGCUCCAGAGGGAUAUGCCAGUGUGAAGAGGGCUGGGUAGGACCAACCUGUGAAGAACGGACCUGCCACUCUCACUGUGCCGAGCACGGGCAGUGCAAGGACGGGAAGUGCGAGUGCAGCCCUGGAUGGGAAGGGGACCACUGCACCAUUGCUCACUACUUAGAUGCUGUUCAAGAUGGUUGCCCAGGUCUCUGUUAUGGAAAUGGGAGAUGCACUCUUGAUCAGAAUGGGUGGCACUGUGUUUGUCAAGUGGGCUGGAGUGGCUCAGGAUGUAACAUUGUCAUGGAAAUGGUGUGUGGAGAUAACCUGGACAAUGAUGGAGAUGGCUUGACAGACUGUGUAGACCCCGAUUGUUGUCAGCAAAGCAAUUGUUACACAACUCCACUCUGCCAGGGUUCGCCUGAUCCCCUUGACCUUAUUCAGCACAGCCAACCACCCUUCUCUCAGCAUCCUCCAAGGCUCUUUUACGAUCGAAUCAGAUUCCUUAUUGGAAAGGAAAGCACUCAUGUUAUCCCAGGAGAUGUCUCGUUUGAGAGCAGACGGGCGUGUGUCAUCCGAGGCCAGGUUGUAGCAAUAGAUGGAACACCUUUGGUUGGAGUGAACGUCAGUUUUCUGCACCACAAUGAAUAUGGAUACACCAUCAGUCGACAAGAUGGAAGUUUUGACCUUGUGGCUGUUGGAGGAAUCUCUGUCACUCUAGUUUUUGAUAGAUCUCCUUUCAUAUCUGAGAAAAGAACACUUUGGUUGCCUUGGAAUAGAUUUAUCAUUGUAGACAAAGUUGUAAUGCAAAGAACAGAGUCGGACACACCAUCUUGUGACAUCAACAGUUUUAUCAGCCCAAAUCCAAUUGUACUCCCUUCCCCCUUGACAGCAUUUGGAGGGUCCUGUCCUGAAAGAGGAACUGUUAUCCCAGAACUUCAGGUGGUCCAAGAGGAAAUUGCAAUUCCUUCAAGUUUUGUGAAGCUGAGUUACCUCAGCAGUCGGACACCGGGGUACAAAACUUUGCUGCGCAUUAUUUUGACGCACACAACCAUCCCUUCUGGAAUGACAAAAGUCCAUCUGAUAGUUGCUGUUGAAGGACGUCUGCUUCAGAAAUGGUUUCCUGCUGCAGCCAAUUUGGUAUACACGUUUGCCUGGAAUAAGACAGAUAUAUAUGGACAGAAGGUUUCUGGUCUGGCCGAGGCAAUGGUGUCGGUGGGAUAUGAAUAUGAAACAUGUCCUGAUUUUAUUCUGUGGGAGAAGAGAACAGUAAUCCUUCAAGGCUUUGAAAUGGAUGCUUCAAAUCUGGGUGGCUGGUCUAUAAACAAACACCAUGUAUUAAAUCCACAAAGUGGAAUUGUACACAAAGGAAAUGGGGAAAACAUGUUCAUUUCCCAGCAGCCUCCAGUCAUCUCCACUGUGAUGGGCAAUGGACACCAGAGAAGUGUCUCUUGCUCCAACUGCAACGGGCUCGCGCUCAACAGCAAACUCUUUGCCCCUGUUGCCCUUGCUUCUGGCCCUGAUGGGAGUGUCUAUAUUGGGGACUUCAACUACGUCAGACGGAUCUUUCCCUCUGGAAACUCGAUUGGCAUAUUGGAAUUGAGGAAUAGAGACACAAGACACAGUACAAGCCCUGCACAUAAAUAUUACUUGGCCGUUGAUCCGGUGUCAGAAUCCCUGUACUUAUCAGAUACCAACACCAGAAAGGUCUACAAAGCAAAAUCUCUCACUGAAACAAAGGAUCUGGCCAAAAAUGCAGAUGUGGUGGCAGGAACAGGUGAUCAGUGCCUUCCAUUUGACCAGAGUCACUGUGGGGAUGGUGGAAAGGCGUCCGAGGCCUCUCUCAACAGCCCAAGAGGUAUCACUGUAGAUAAGCACGGAUUUAUUUACUUCGUUGAUGGUACUAUGAUUCGGAAAAUUGAUGAGAAUGGUAUGAUCACAACAAUAAUAGGAUCGAACGGCCUCACAUCAACCCAGCCAUUGAGCUGUGACUCUGGAAUGGACAUCACUCAGGUGAGGUUAGAGUGGCCAACAGACCUCACAGUGAACCCUCUGGACAAUUCACUGUAUGUCCUGGACAACAACAUUGUCCUGCAGAUCUCCGAGAACAGGCGUGUGCGGAUUAUUGCCGGGCGCCCCAUCCACUGCCAGGUGCCAGGCAUUGACCACUUCAUUGUCAGCAAGGUGGCCAUCCAUUCCACCCUGGAGUCAGCCAGGGCCAUCGCCGUGUCCCACAGCGGCAUCCUCUACAUCGCUGAGACGGAUGAAAGGAAGAUCAACCGUAUCCAACAGGUCACAACCAACGGCGAAAUCUCUGUAAUUGCUGGAGCGCCGUCAGAUUGUGACUGCAAGAUUGACCCUAAUUGUGACUGUUUUUCAGGUGAUGGUGGAUAUGCCAAAGAUGCAAAGCUGAAAGCUCCCUCCUCCCUAGCAGUCUCUCCUGAUGACACUCUGUACGUAGCAGACCUGGGCAAUGUUCGCAUCCGCGCCGUGAGCCGGAACAAGGCUCACCUCAGCGACACCAACCUGUACGAGAUCGCCUCGCCCGCGGACCAGGAACUGUACCAGUUCACCAUCAAUGGCACCCACCUGCACACGCUGAACCUCAUCACCAGGGACUACAUCUACAACUUCACCUACAGCGGGGAGGGGGACGUUGGCACCAUCACCAGCAGCAACGGGAACUCGGUUCACAUCCGCAGGGACACGAGUGGGCUGCCCCUGUGGGUCGUCGUGCCAGGGGGCCAAGUGUACUGGCUGACAAUCAGCAGCAAUGGGGUUCUGAAAAGAGUCUACGCCCAAGGCUACAACCUGGCUCUGAUGACAUAUCCUGGAAACACGGGGCUUUUAGCAACCAAAAGUGAUGAAAACGGAUGGACAACUGUGUAUGAGUAUGACUCUGAUGGCCAUCUGACCAAUGCAACCUUCCCAACUGGGGAAGUCAGCAGUUUCCACAGCGACGUUGAAAAACUGACCCGAGUGGAACUUGAUACUUCAAACAGAGAGAAUGUGAUCACAGCCACGAACUUCUCAGCUACCUCUACAAUAUAUACUUUAAAACAAGAUAACACACAGAACAUCUACCGGGUCAGCCCAGAUGGGUCUCUGAGAGUCACCUUUGCCAGUGGAAUGGAAAUCACGCUGAACACAGAACCUCACAUUCUAGCAGGGGUUGUCAGCCCCACGCUAGGGAAGUGCAAUAUCUCCCUUCCUGGAGAGCAUAACUCAAAUCUCAUUGAAUGGAGGCAAAGGAGGGAGCAGACCAAAGGCAAUAUUUCCACUUUUGAGAGAAGGCUGAGGACCCACAACAGAAACCUGCUCUCCAUUGAUUUCGAUCACGUGACCAGAACAGGGAAGAUUUACGAUGAUCAUCGCAAAUUCACCCUUCGAAUUAUGUAUGACCAGACGGGACGCCCCAUCUUAUGGUCACCCAUCAGCAAGUACAAUGAGGUCAAUAUCACUUAUUCACAUUCUGGAUUAGUCACCUAUAUCCAAAGAGGAACCUGGACUGAGAAAAUGGAGUAUGAUCCAAGUGGGAACAUCAUUUCCAGAACAUGGGCAGAUGGUAAAAUAUGGAGUUACACAUAUCUAGAAAAGUCCGUGAUGCUCCUGCUGCACAGCCAGCGCCGCUACAUCUUCGAGUACGACCAGUCGGAUUACCUGCUGUCGGUCACCAUGCCGAGCAUGGUGCGCCACGCCCUGCAGACCAUGCUGUCCGUCGGCUACUACCGCAACAUCUACACCCCUCCGGACAGCGGCGCCGCCUUCGUGCAGGACCUCACCAGGGACGGGCGGCUGCUCCAGACCCUGUACCCCGGGACAGGCCGCAGGGUCCUCUACAAGUACACCAAGCAGUCCCGGCUCUCUGAGAUUCUUUAUGAUACCACCCAGGUCACGUUCACCUACGAGGAAUCUUCUGGGGUUAUCAAAACAAUACAUUUAAUGCAUGAUGGGUUCAUCUGCACCAUCAGAUACAGGCAAACAGGUCCGCUUAUUGGUCGCCAAAUCUUCAGGUUUAGCGAAGAAGGGCUUGUAAAUGCCAGAUUUGACUACAGCUAUAACAACUUCCGUGUCACGAGCAUGCAGGCCAUGAUCAACGAGACGCCUCUUCCCAUUGAUCUGUACCGUUACGUCGAUGUUUCUGGCAGGACUGAACAAUUUGGAAAAUUCAGUGUAAUUAAUUAUGAUUUAAACCAAGUUAUAACCACCACUGUGAUGAAGCAUACCAAAAUCUUCAGUGCCAACGGUCAGGUGAUCGAAGUGCAAUAUGAAAUUCUCAAGUCCAUCGCUUACUGGAUGACCAUCCAGUAUGACAACAUGGGGCGCAUGGUGAUCUGUGAUAUACGCGUGGGCGUAGAUGCCAAUAUAACGAGGUAUUUUUACGAAUACGAUGCUGAUGGUCAGCUCCAGACCGUGUCUGUGAAUGACAAAACCCAGUGGCGCUACAGCUAUGACCUUAAUGGCAACAUCAACUUGCUGAGCCACGGAAACAGCGCGCGCCUCACCCCUCUGAGAUACGAUCUGAGAGAUCGCAUUACCAGGCUUGGAGAAAUUCAAUACAAAAUGGACGAAGAUGGCUUUCUCAGGCAAAGAGGCAAUGAGAUCUUUGAGUACAACUCUAAUGGUCUGCUGAACAAAGCGUACAACAAAGUGUCUGGCUGGACUGUGCAAUACUGUUAUGAUGGUCUUGGAAGACGAGUAGCAAGCAAAUCAAGCCUAGGACAACACUUACAGUUCUUUUAUGCUGAUCUCUCCAAUCCAAUAAGAGUUACUCACUUGUACAAUCAUUCUAGCUCAGAAAUAACAUCCCUCUAUUAUGAUCUUCAAGGUCAUCUCAUUGCGAUGGAAUUAAGCAGUGGAGAAGAAUAUUAUGUUGCUUGUGAUAACACUGGAACACCUCUAGCUGUGUUUAGCAGUCGAGGCCAAGUCAUAAAAGAAAUUUUGUACACCCCAUAUGGAGAGAUCUACCAGGACACUAAUCCAGAUUUCGAGGUUAUCAUUGGUUUUCAUGGAGGACUGUAUGAUUCUCUUACAAAAUUAGUUCAUCUGGGUCAGCGGGACUAUGAUGUCAUUGCUGGUCGGUGGACGACACCAAAUCAUCAUAUAUGGAAGCACCUGAAUGCUGUCCCACAACCAUUUAAUCUCUAUUCAUUUGAAAAUAAUUAUCCAGUUGGCAGAAUCCAAGAUGUUGCUAAGUAUACAACAGACAUUGGAAGUUGGCUGGAGUUGUUUGGUUUCCAGUUGCACAACGUGCUGCCUGGAUUCCCAAAACCGGAGAUAGAAGCUUUGGGGACAACAUACGAACUUCUACAGCUUCAAACAAAAACCCAAGAGUGGGAUCCUGGAAAGACUAUCCUUGGCAUUCAGUGUGAGCUACAAAAGCAACUCCGAAACUUUAUAUCCUUGGACCAACUUCCUAUGACACCCAGGUACAGUGAUGGCAAGUGUUCUGAGGGAGUGAAGCAACUGAGAUUUGCAGCGGUUCCGUCAGUGUUCGGGAAAGGCAUCAAAUUCGCUAUAAAGGACGGGAUAGUGACAGCUGACAUUAUCGGUGUGGCUAACGAGGACAGCCGGCGCAUUGCUGCCAUCCUCAACAAUGCCCAUUAUCUGGAGAACCUGCAUUUCACCAUCGAGGGCCGAGACACCCAUUACUUCAUCAAGCUGGGCUCUCUGGAAGAAGAUUUGGCCCUCAUCGGCAGCACCGGAGGGCGCCGCAUCUUGGAGAACGGCGUCAACGUGACGGUGUCGCAGAUGACUUCUGUGAUCAACGGGAGGACUAGACGCUUUGCUGACAUCCAGCUCCAGCACGGCGCGCUCUGCUUUAACGUGCGCUAUGGAACAACAGUGGAAGAGGAAAAAAACCACGUCCUGGAGAUAGCCAGGCAGCGAGCCGUGGCUCAGGCCUGGACUAAGGAGCAGAGACGGCUACAGGAGGGGGAAGAAGGAAUUCGAGCAUGGACAGAUGGAGAGAAACAGCAGCUUUUAAGCACUGGGAGGGUACAAGGCUACGAUGGAUAUUUUGUUUUAUCUGUGGAGCAGUAUCUCGAACUUUCUGACAGUGCCAAUAAUAUUCACUUCAUGAGACAGAGUGAAAUAGGCAGAAGGUAACAAAGAAAAUCUCUGCCUUUGCGUCACCAAAGACUGCCUGUUUUUAAACGUAAAAUGGUUUAUUGUAUUGUUUUUUCUAGAUCAGAACUCUGUAUAUAUAAAUAUAGAGGAAAAAAAACAUAUCCAACUGCCUUUAAAUGUGACAGAAGAUGGUAUUUUAAUAUUGUUUGUUUAACUCUUUGAGAGAUGACAGUGACAAUUUUUAGUUCUUGUGUGGCAGUAUUCAAAAAUUUCAGAAGCAGAGUCCGAGCCGAGCGCCGCGACCUGCGCGCGAGGUGCCCAGGGUGACACCGCACAGCCCUGCGGGGUAGGGGCGAGCGCCACAUGCUCUGCCUUCUUCUAAAGAAACACAACUUUUUUGUUGUUGGUUUAAUAAUUCACCAGUUAUUUAAAAGGUUACAGAGCCUGAUUCUGCAACCCGUAUUUACUGGGUGGUUUUUAUCCCAGUGAGAUCUCCCAUAAGUUCAAGGGAUUGCACACAGAAACCAGACUGUGUAUGGAAACUUCGUAGUUGCUCACCAACCCCGCACAUGUCAUUCCUCAUAGCCAGGAGCUAAGGGAUUUUCUAACCUGGGAAAUCUGACUUGUGUUGGAUUCAGUACAUACAAGGCUGUCCCCUGUGGCCUUUACUCUGUUGUGGCUGCCCCUCAGUCACCCCAUGUUGAACACCACAUUGUGUCUACUCGUGUGUGGGGGGCCUCUCUCCCAGGGUUUCCCUUGACACUGGAAUAUACUGCAGUCUGGGAGCACACUCCUGGUCAGGGAUGUGGGUGGCACAGCAUUACCAGGCUUCAGCCAAGCUAUAAUCUUUAGGAGGCUCUCCACCAGUAUCGGUGUGCUCCAGGCUGGGCUUUAACCCAGUGCUUUGGGGACAACCCAGCUGGGAGCCCACAGGGAGCAGUAACAAGCCGUGCAGGAUCAGUCCUGUCUGUAGUCACUGGGCCAGGACUAGUCUUUACACAGAUGAUUUGGAAUUUGCAGUGUUGUUGGGUUUAGGCAUCGUGUUCUUUUCAUCUCAAAUUAAUAAUCCUGUUGUAGUACUCAUUUUUCCAAGUCUGAAGAAGAUUGGUGGGUUGGGAGUUGAUGAACCUAAGUGUGGAUAGUAAAUAUGUUGAUAAACGUAGAACAUUUUGGGGAUGACUCUUCACUUUUCAGCUCAAUAUCUAGAGCACAUAGAAAAGCAUUAUAUUGCAUGGACAGAAAUUUUUAUUUCCCAAGGUAUCAUGCGCUGCUGGCACAGUUACUUCAUAGCAGAGUAGGUGAUCCUUCCUCCAGCUUGUCAUUUUUAUAAGACCUGAUUAUCAGGAGGUGGGGCGGGCACAUGGGGCGGGGGGAUGGGCAAGCAGUUUUCCUUUACUGACUUUCAGAGGGAGCUAGAAGUCUUGUUAUAGAGCCUGUGUAUCCGUAACAGUGAUGUUAUUGCACAUUUCUUUCAAAACAGACAUAGUAAUAUAUUGAAACAAUUUCUGUUCAUAUUUACUGAAGCCAACAAAGUGCAUUCUUUGUCUUUUGUCCUUUUUUUCCAGUUUUCUCUUUUCCCUUGUUUUUUGGGCAAGUGGAGCAGACUGUACCCAAAGUUAGAGAUGAGCCUGAACUGGCACCUGAGCCCCUCGCCCCUCGCUGGGGUUUGAGCUCAAGUCUCAGCCUCACCCCAUUAUCUUCUCUUCCCAGACUCCCUCUGCUCCCCUGGGAGCCAGCGCAGCUUUGGGGGUGCAGGAUCAGGCUGAGUGAGAGCCUGGUCCCUGAAACCCUCCUUUAUCCCCAGCCAGGGGGAACUGUGGACCAAAAUCUGCACAUACACAUUAUGAUCAGGCUCAUCACUAACUACCGUACAGGACAGGGAGCUGACAACAUCCAGGUUUCACAGCUCAGAUUUCUGUAAUUUUCCAUACAAUCACGGAGAAUUUGAAUACCUCCACACCAGCCUAAAAAUGGACCUUCAAAUCUUUGAGCCUCUAAUAUGCUUUUAAUCAAUGGAAGAAUAAUUUAUGAAUUGUAUAUAGAGAGUGCAUUCAUAAAUGUGAUGAUGUAUUUUAUCACUGAUCCAAGAUGUCAAUAUUAGAGUCUAUUUUACUUAUAUUUUAAGCAAUUAUACUUUUUUGCAAUUCACUAAUGAGGAUCAUUUUCAAACUGCUUUAAAUAUCCAUUAUAAACAAAUAUUUGAAGCUAUUAGAAUAACCUUGAACUGUGCAUUUCUAGUAUGUAAUACUUAUUUAGUUAGCUUGUGCCUUUAGUUUCUUAAAGUUAUAUUUGUAUUAUAUGCAGGAAAUGCACUUUGUAUUACCUACAGCUGUGGUUUUUAAUACUGCCUUGAUUACUGUUGUUCUCAUGUUAUGCCAAAAGGUCGAAGAGUGAAAUGUGUUACAAGUUUGUCUUUGGGAGUAGAUUUGGCAUUUUCCCAUUUCCUGGGUGCAGUCUAAGGGACGUUUUGAACAAUAUCUCUUAUGAGAAUAUGGAUCCAUUAAGACUCCCAUGAUAUUACAUGGCCCAGUUACAAAUGCAAAAAAAAAAGCCUUCAUUGUAACAGUUUCGUAAAUUUAGGAAACUGAAUAUAAAUGUUGUGUUGAGAUUACAGCACUAAAGAAAUGUGUUAUUACUGCAAGAGCAUGGGAGGCUGAAGUUGUAGAUACGCAUGGGCCAGCCAGCAGUGAUUCGUGAGAACCACAUGAACAAACAGCUUUGGACCAUCUUGUUCAUGAACAACCUCAGAUGGAGGCAGGGAAUAUUUCAGUCUCCAUUUUUUUUUCCUAGUAGUUAGACCAAUUUCUCAGUGGUUGGUUGGGUUGGGUUUUUGUUUUUUUUAUAUAUCUCCCUUUCUUUUUUUUUUCUUUUUUCUUCUUUUUAAUUUUGCACUAUAGCCUAGAGACCCAAUUGAGAAAAAAAAAAAAAAGAAAAAUAAUAGCAUGGAAAUUUUUACUGUUAUUUAGAUCCAGUAAUUUGAUGCUAUCGUUCUGCACUGCAAACAAGGUUCUGAAAGUGGAAAAAAUUAAUUAAAAUAAAAUAAAAUACAAUAAAAACCACUAUUGCACACUAUCCUGUAGCAAAGUACCUACCAUGAGAAAUUUGUGCUAUAUUUUUUAUGACAACCAAACGAAUAGUGUGUACAAUAACAUUUCCUUUGCUUUCAUAUUUAUUUAGCAAAUCUAGAACAUUUCAAAGUUAUAAAUAUAUAUAUAUAGAUAUCUAUGUAGAACAUAGCCAAAUAAAUAUAUAUGAACUGGUCAGUGUGCAACUGGGUGUAUACACCUUAGCUCUUUGGUUUGAGCUCUUUUGCAUUUCUCAGCUGUGCACUGGCUGGCCAGAGGUGGCCUCGUGCUCUGGGGUCCCACCCUGCACCCCCUGCCCUCUGAGCCCCCUUACCAGCGGCCAGGACUGGGGUCAUGGGGCAGCCACUUCUCCGGGGUGAGCAAUGGCAAUGGGUGCUGUUGGAAGCCAAGGUGCUGCUCCAAAGAGGAAGGUGGUUUAGGCAGAGGAGCUCCUGGUUUAGCUGAGCCAAAGGAGGUGGGCAGAUCCCCGGCAGGGUGUUGGUGUGCUCGGGGCGCUCGCCGGGGCGCUCGCCGUAGCGUGGCUGAUCUGGCGCGGUGACACCCAGCUCAGGCUGCGCCCACAGCCCUGAGGGUUUUCCUGUCAAACGCUGACUGUUAUUUAAACCUCUCCUUGAUACAAAACAUUACUGGGUCGAAAGCACCCUGACUGCCAGAGGAAUCGCUUCCAGGCAGAAACUGGGAAUGGUGGAGUCGGACUCGCUGUCGAUUUGUCUGGGCAUUUGUCACCUGCCAUUAUUUGUCUAAGGAAAUGUGUUUGACAAUUUCCAGUUUUUCCUUAGAUCUCGUGGUGGACUUUAGCCUUUUAAUAAAUGUUAGUAUAUCAGAUCGUGUCCUUGACAGUAUUUUACUUGUAUGAACCAUGAUAAAACAUUACAAUCUUCAUACUCUUCUGGCAGAAGUGUCAAUAAACGAGAACGAGAAGCAUAGCAUACGAUAUAUGUCAAAGUAACGUUCCUUUUUAGCUUUCUCAUCAACAGUAAAAAAUGUUUACAAUGUAUGCCAAGAUCUUCACUUUCUGUCUAACACCAGUUAGAGGUUCUGAUCUUACAGAAAUUGUGUUAUAAUGGCCUCAGCCUCGUUGCUAGGAAACAAUAGAUCCCAAUUUUUUUAUUCCUGCUCUAACUCCUGUGCUGAAUAGUGACUGGAUACUGUACAGGUUUAUGUUAUAUGGCUGCAGUUAAAUGGUCUGAUGCAUUUUGCUCUGGGUUUCAGACCAGAAGCAUGCAUUUUCUACAAGAACAUCCCAGCAACACGCUGUAAAUAUUGAAAGUUAAUAUAUUAUGUGUCGAUAUUUGAAAAAGAAAGUACUUUGACUAUUUCAUUUUUAAAAAAUAAAGGUGCAAACUGA